AUGUUUGGCAAGAUACCCUCGAUCAGCUUGUACACUGUCCUCGUCCUUUGCGCUUCGGUAUGUCUCUCGUGGGCAGUGCCUGUCCAGGUUCGGAGCGGAUUCAGGCUGGUAGCGCGUCAACAGAUCGAACCUGUUGUGACGGGCGCCCAGGUUGCGCCUGUUCUGGUGGAUUUGUUGGACCAAGUGCAGAACUUGCAGCAACAAUUCGAUGCAGCCUCUGAGCCUCUUCGUUCUCAAAUCCAGCAGGAGCUUGCGGAGACCAAGGCUACUUUGGAACAAAAGAUGCUAGGCAUCGCAGUUUACGUUUCAGCGUCGGAGCCCCCACCUGCGACCUUCUUGCCCACCACCACGCCUGCUGCGCCAUCGAGCACCUUGUCUGCCAGCCCCAGCACUGUCACAGCCCCUCCUCCAUCAACAGCUAGUGCGAGUGCACCUGUAGUAACAGUUGUCACUCAGGAGGGCAGUGCCAUUGUCAUUCUCGCUUCACAGGGUGUGACGAGCACAGUUUCACUCGAGACGCGCACUGCAGUCCCUAGCGCAAGUGGAACAACGACAAACGCGCCGGCCUCCUCGGCGAGCACGCCUCCAGGCACGACAACGGCGCCUGAGCCGACGAUUACCACCCCCGCUUCGUCGUCUACCGUUACUACCCCGACAACCUCUGCUUCUUCCUUGGCGACCGCUGCCAAUGCUUCUGCUCAGGAUAGAGCCUCCGCAGGCGCGAUGCAACUUGUGCCUUCGUCAUUGAGCUUGAACAUGGUCCUCGGAGCCGUUGCUUUAGGAGACCGCGUGCAAGGACGCGUCACCUCCACAAGUAGACGCAAGGGUUGCGUACUCCCAAUCUUUAUCCUUUCCUCCAUGGUUUAUUCCCAGUCCUCUGCCGCCGGCGUCCUCGCGCUUCUUCAAGAACCAGACUCAACAUUCAAACAACAUGCCCUCAAAGCCCUCAUCUCGCUUGUGCCCCAGUUCUGGGCAGAGAUCUCAGAGCAUAUAGCCACCAUCGAAGAGCUGUACGAGGCCGACCAGCUUCCAAAACCAGCGCGUGCUGCUGCUGCCUUGGUCGCGAGCAAAGUCUAUUACUUCUUGGGAGAAUACGACGAAGCCUUGUCGUUCGCGCUGGGCGCAGGAGACGCGUUCUUUGCAGAGACUCGAACUUAUGGAUCUGAGGAAUACGUGGAGACCAUUGUCUCCAAAGCCAUUGACCGAUACAUUGCGGUGCGUUCCGUCGAGCAUGCCGGUAGCAAGGACAAGAUCGACCCGCGUCUCCAAUUUACUAUUGAAGGCAUCUUUGGACGGUGUAUUUCAGAAGGAGAAUUCAAGCAGGCCAUCGGGAUUGCUUUGGAAUCUCAUCGCCUCGACGUGAUAUCGUCAAUCUACUCCCAAACCAAAGAUGUCUCUAUACUCACCUAUGCUAUGGAGGGCGUACUAAACACCGGCUUUUCUCUUUCCUAUCGCGACGAAGUCCUACGAUUCUUGUUCCCCCUCUUCCCACGACCAACAACUGGUGACGGUUCUCCUCACGUCCACGCACUAACCCGCCUGCUCGUAACAUUGAGCGAUAUAUCUUUGACAAUUCCCCUCCUCACGACCCUCGUGGUCAGCGAAGAGCUCCUGGCGUACCAACUCGCUUUUGAUUUGGUGGAGGGUGGCUCCCAAGAUUUUUUGGAAACAUUGCGGACACAAUUACCUCAAGGAGAUGAGAAAUCGCAACCUGUGUACGACAAACUACGAAAUAUUUUGACUGGCAAAGAGUCCGUCAAGUUCUACCGCGAAUUCCUCAAACGAAACAAUCAGACCGACUUGCUGAUCCUAAAGAAUACUAAGGAUGUUUUGGAACCAAGAUCAUCAAUUUACCAUACCGCCCUCACCCUUCAGAAUGCUUUCAUGCAUGCUGGAACUACAUCUGAUGUCUUCCUGAGGGACAACCUCGAAUGGCUCGGUCUUGCCUCAAAUUGGUCGAAAUUCUCUGCCACCGCUGGUCUUGGUGUUAUUCACAAAGGCUACUUUGAGCAAGGGCAGACGAUCCUCGGACCCUACCUUCCCCAAAGCGGAGGCGAAAGCAAUGUUCCCGGAGCAAAUUAUCAGGAGGGUGGUGCCUUAUAUGCGUUGGGUUUGGUUAACGCGGGAUGCGGAAGUUCAAUUACGACUUACUUGCGUGACUCCUUGAAAGCCGCGCAGAACGAGGUUGUGCAACACGGAGCUGCCCUCGGUCUUGGUGUCUCUGGCAUGGGCUCCAAGAGCUUGGAAGCAUUUGAGGAUCUCAAAAACAUCCUUUUCACUGACUCUGCUGUCGCCGGAGAGGCGUCGGGUUAUGCGAUGGGUUUGGUCAUGCUCGGCACCGCUGCUGCUGAACCUGUUCGCGAGAUGCUGCAGUACGCUCGUGACACGCAACACGAGAAGAUCAUUCGUGGUCUCGCUAUGGGUACCGCCUUCGUCUACUACGGAAGGCAGGAAGAGGCGGACGAGACCAUCAAACUCUUGCUCGCCGAAAAGGACCCCAUUCUUCGAUACGGUGGCGUUUACACCCUAGCGCUUGCGUACGCAGGAACCGCAAACAAUGACGCGGUUCGCAAACUCCUGCAUAUUGCUGUUUCGGACACAUCAGAUGAUGUUCGGCGUGCUGCAGUGACAUCCUUGUCCUUCCUGUUAUUUAAGAACCCUGGUCAAGUUCCUCGAGUUGUACAACUGUUGAGUGAGAGCUACAACCCUCAUGUACGAUGCGGUGCUACUCUUGCUCUCGGUAUCGCCUGUGCCGGAACUGGUCUCCAGGAUGCCGUUGAAAUUCUGGAGCCCAUGACGAAGGACAGCGUCGACUUCGUUCGUCAAGGAGCAUUUAUUGCAUUGGGCAUGAUCCUUGUUGAGCAAUCUGAGGCUUCGUCUCCUGCCAUUGCCCCAACACGAGCGAAGUACGCGAAAGUGAUUUCGGACAAGCACGAAGACCCUAUGGCCCGCUUUGGCGCUGCUAUUGGCCAAGGCUUCAUUGAUGCUGGUGGCAGGAAUGUGACCAUCAACCUGCAAAGUCGAGCCGGAAGUACGAAUACUAGUGCAAUUGUUGGAAUGGUUCUUUUCUGCCAGUUCUGGUAUUGGUAUCCUCUGGCUCAUUGUGCUUGCCUGGCGUUCUCUCCGACUGGUAUCAUUGGUCUGAACGGAGAUCUUAAGGCUCCCAAAUUUGAGUAUAUCUCGAAUGCCAAACCUAGCCUCUUUGCCUACCCUUCUUCCACGAAACCCCCGAAGAAGGAAGCAGUCACAAAGGUGGCGACAGCUGUCCUGUCAACAACGGCAAAGGUCAAGGCAAGGGAAAAGAAGAAGGCUGCUGCAGAAGGUGAAAAUAUGGACCUGGACACUAAAACGGAAGCUGACGGUGACGUCGAAAUGAAGACGGAAGUUGGCUCGCCGAAAGAUGGAGAUGUGUCGCCCAUUAUCCAGUCUGUGUCCAACUUGGCUGAAGAAAGCAAACCGUCAACGUCAAGAAAGAAAUUGGAGUCCACCUUCGAAACACGGCCUAAUUUCUCCCGCGUCACUCCUGCGCAGUUGUCCUAUAUAUCAUUCCCCUCUGAUGGUAGGUAUCAACCUGUGCGUGCAGUAUCAACGAGGACGCCUUCGAAGAAUGGGAAGGCAGCAGCAACAACAGCCUUGGGACUCGGAUCAGAGAAGUAUGCCGGCGGAGGAGGCAUUCUCAUCUUGACCGACCUGCGGCCGAACGAGGAAGCCGAGUACAUAGAACUCGAGACGGCUCCCUCAGUUCCUCCACCCGCACCCCCAGUGGAUGUUCCAGGCAAUGGCCACGCAGUCGGUGCACCUACAGGGCGCCAUAUUGCUCUGGACGAAAGCGCCCCAGAGGCUGAACCACCGGAGGCAUUCGAGUACCCCUUCGAUAACGAUACAUAG